UCUUUAUACUCUGUAUCCUAAUUCAAAUAGGAUUUAUAUCAUAAGCGCCACCUAUAAAUACAUGUAAAUACUUGGGAAUCAUAUCCCAAUAUCAUCUUCAUCAGCAGCAACCGCUAUGGCUUAUACUUAUUCCACCAAAAGGAGGAGGCUAAACUAUUCAAGCACAACACCAAAUAAGUGGGUUGAUGAGCUCCCAACUGAGCUGUUAGGGUUGAUAGUGAAAAAGCUCGCUUCUAAUUUCAUGGACAUCAGUCGCUUCAAAGCCGUCUGUUCUUCUUGGAACGGUGCUGCAAGAUCGUAUACCUCCGCCCUGUUGCCUCAAUAUCCAGGGCUCAUGUACCCCUCCACGCGAUGGGGUUGGAAUGGGAAGGGCAUAUGCUUCUUCAGCCUUGCAGAGAAGAAGGUUUACAAGACGGAAGUGUCUCAAGGCUUUCUUGGAGUCGUUUCCUUUUUGGGUUCAUCACAUGGGUGGCUGGUGAUGGGGAACGUGGCUUGCAAAUUCGGUGAAAUUCGUCUUUUCAAUCCAAUUUCUAGAAAAAGCAGGACGCUUCCUCCCUUGCCGCGCGGGUCUCCAAUCAGUAAAAUUGUGCUUUCCUCGGACCCCUCUUGCAACAACAACUUUGUCGUUGUGAUAAUUCAUGAGACCUUGAACGUACCGACAAGGCUAGCAUUCUAUCAGCACGGCGGAGGAGGAGAAAACGCUAAUGCAUGGACUGUAUUAGAGGGUUCACAUGAUCAUUAUUUUGAUAUCCUACUCCGCAACAAUGGUCAUUUAUUUGCACUGUCCAAAGACCACUCAAUUCAAGUUUGGGACUUCGGGGACACCUAUAAUAAUAAUAAUCCCACGAAGAUCAUGCAUUUUCGACCUUCCAGGGCUCAGAAUGGUAUUCAUGGAACCUUGAUGGGGAAAAAAAAAUGGUUGGUGGAGUCAAUGGAUGAGCUUUUGCUUGUGCAGCGGGAAUGGUUGGGGAACAAUAGCAGAGGAGCAGAGAAAUUUGAUGUCUACAAGUUAAACAUUGCUGCGAAAACGUGGGAGAAGGUGGAAUGUUUGCGUGAUUGUGCUUUAUUUUUGGCCAAAAAUCAACCGGCAAUGUCAUUAUCCACCCAGAAAUUGCCAAGAUUGAAAGAAAACUCGAUUUACUUUGCAGAUGAAUAUCACGAGUUUUCACAUGGUGAUAUUAUUGAUAUUCAUGUUCGAGGAGUAUUCAACUUUGAAACUAAAGUUGUUAAGCAAUACUGUAUAACUGGAGCGCAAAACUAUGGUUAUUCACCAGCCGUUUGGAUUGUGCCUAGUCCUUGGUGA